AUGAAAAGUAAAAGAUUCAAAUCAAGUAUUCGGGGAGAAAGAGUGAGAACAAUAGGAGAAUCAUAUGAAUUCAGAGACGCCAAAAAAGAUAGACUACAAGAAGAAAAGAUAGCCAAGCAAAAGAAAAAGCAAGUGAAACAGAAUCUGGUUGAUAAUGUAAAGCAACAAGCAAAUGAUUCAGAUGAUUCCGGGGAUGAAGCAAUCUACGCUGAUGAUGAAUAUGACUGUUUAAGUGAAAUGGACCGUGAAAAUUCCGACCAAAAAUUCAUGCAAGACGUAGAACCUAUCAUAGAUCCUGAAUCUGUGACGCCAAAUAUCGAAAUCGGUGACUUUUUGCUGGUAAAGUAUUGCAUGAAGAAGACUCAAAAGUAUUAUGUUGGAGAAGUGGAAGAAAUAGUCGACGGAAAAUAUUUAACAAAUUUUCUAAGUCAUUGA